AUAAUACGAUACGUGUGCAGUUAUAAUUGGUCACACCAAUUUCACCUACCGCUGCGUUACCGCGCCAUUGCCAAAUCAUUUAUAUAUAGCUCGUUGUGUUUACGCAUAAAAAGCCUAGGAGGCAGAUAACAAAAAUGGUGAAUGUCGCGACAGUCGGUUGCCUCCUGCUACUAUUCAACAGAGUAUGCUGCGAGAGCGAAAACGAGGACCACUGGGUGGAUCCGCACGCGGCCUGGUCAGAAUUGGCCAUGGAUUUUGGCCAACCAGAGAAUGUCUGCCAGUGUCCAGCUGGUCCGGAGAGAUCGCCUGUUGCCAUAGAGGAUGCACUGGCUCUGACAUAUUUCAGGAAGUUCGCCAAUCUGCUGUUCCAGCGUAAACGACUUCAGUUCGAUGCUGCGUCGGCGCGUUACAAGCGAUCGCUGCUGUUCACGCUGCUUCCAUCGCAACUUGAGGAACUGGAAAGCGUUCAAGAUGCCCGAGAUCUGGAUGUAUUGCUAUCCAAAAUACUGGAAGGUGCAGAGACAGCUCCUUUAUUUCGUGGCCAGUUCGGGUGCUCCUAUUCCCAGAAGAGCGGUGUUCUAGCAUUAGUUACGGAUAUUUUCAAGGAUGUUAUAGCACUCACUAAAGUUUCCGAGGUGAAAUUUUUACUGCUUGUAAUUAUGGCAAUCCUACUUGGAUAUAUUGUGCACAGACGUUUUGGUUUCCGGGUAAUCUCUAUUAUCUUAGGAGGUUGUUUCCUAACUGGAUACUUUUACACGUAUAUAGAGUGCAAUAGAAAAUUGGAAGUGGAAUCAAUGUUGGAGGUCAUUGACAGUCAGCAGGAUCAAUUGAGAUACAACGAAAUGUCCUGGUUUGCCAGACUGAAAAGCUUGGUGUACAGCGAGUCAGCAACAGAGAAGCGAAAAGAGAUGUUAAAAAAAUCCUCCAAGAUCAGUCUUUCAUAUUGUUUGCCCGAUCAAGUGUUUCUUAUGUAUAUGAAUGAUUUGUUUUUCAAGCAGUUGGAACUUCUCCUAGAAAAAGUAACUCACACCAUGACGAGACUAUCCACUAACUUGGGAUGGCCGUAUUGUUAUAUCGCACCGUUGUUCUUGAUAGUCUUGGUUGGAUAUAUUAUAAAACUUACAUUUAAGUACGUCAUUAGCCCCAGAGCCUGGGGCUCGGUACUCCACAAUUACUCCAGCAGUAGUUCUCCGCCCGCACCGGGUACCAUACAACCGAAUGCUACCAUACAAUCGAUCGCGGCGAAAGAGCCAGCCGUCGAUUGCUUAUCCGGCGAGAAUUUGAAAAUGCUGCUUGAUAUGAAAAUGAUGACACUAACAAGCGCUCAACAACAGCAAUUGAAGCAGCUACCCGGAGUUUCAGGGGUCCAAGAGGUAAUGGAACCCCUGGAGGCUCCUGCACCAACGACAGAGAAAAAGGAAAGCCUUGAUGUAAGUGAUGGCAGCAACAAGAGCCAGAGCAGCAUUCAGGAAGAAGGAUUCACAUUGGUGGACGACACCGAAGACAUUUAGCUGCCGAUUUUUUUGUUUUACAAAUACAUGUCCGUGAUUUUUUCCCAGUCACCCCCAAUCUUUAAAAGCUCAAUGAGUGAUUCCAUUUUAAGUUGAUUUGUCAUAGUUAAAUUUUCUUUAUUUAAAUUAUUUUGCGUGUUCUUAUUCUCAUUUGCACGAUAAGUGUUAUUAAGUUAAAUCUUCAACAAUAAGAUCUUUUUAAGUAGGCCACCAACUGUUAUAUUAUGUCUGUUAUUAUUGGGCUGCCGGCCUUUCAAAAAUCGGAUAUACUUUUUGUGUAACUUGUUGAUCCUUUAUAUUUACAACGUAACGCCCAGGGAUUGUUUUUUAUAUAGAUUUGAUUUUAUUAGCAGUGAGCGGGCGCUCUGUUUGAGUUGCAUAUUAAUUGAAUGUAAGCGAUAAUUUAAAUAUUCGGUCAUUCGAAUCGUGUAAAAUCUAAUUCAAUAUGUAUACAACUAAUAUAUUUAAUAUACAUAUUAUUUAUAUAUCUAUGUAUAUAGAUCUAUAUGGUGUGUGUAUAUAUUUGUAAGAAAAAAAGUUAGUAAAGAACAUCGGUGUAAAUAUAUUUAUUCGUUGUAUUUUAAAUCAUGCACUUAAAAUGUAUUAUACUUUAAUUACAAUUCAUUUUUAUUAUAAUUUGUAUGCAACAAAAUAUAUAUUUACGCAUUGUAUCGCAUAAGUGGAAUGUAUUGUAUGCAAUAUGUAAUCCAAUAUACGACACAUUGUACAUUAUAGCCCAAAACCCAGUUUGCUGUCUAAACUUUAAAGUUAAACGACCUAAAACUAGAAAAACACGAAGCAAAAACAGGCAGGGCAGGAUAGGGAAUAUGCUACCCUGUUAGUAAGUAAGUAUACAUAUAAGUUUCAAUUUCAACUAAGGCUGGCAUAUCUGUAAUCAGACAGAAUCCAUAUGGCUAUGGCAAAACGAGAGAAUUUAUCUAAAUCGAUUUCACAAAUCUUAUACGCAAAUUGGUCCGCUAUCAUAAUCUUGAUUAAUAAUUUCUCUACUCGAAUUCAACAAUAUAUUUUUUAUUUCUAGUGUGUGUAUUUUUCACUUCUGGGCUUGUGUGUUCUACUUAUUUGUCCGGCACUGCUGGACGGCGGACCAGCAGCCAAAGAUACAACUGAUACCAGUAUUCCUUUCAAUUCGCUGUCUUUUUUAACAACAUAUUAUAUGGUUUGGAGGUUGGGGGGCAACAUUAUAAUUAAUGUAAUUAGUUGCCGCUAGUACGAGAUUUGGUACGAAUUUUUAAGCAGCAAUUAAAGCAUAUCAUUUAGUCACUUAGUCCGAUUGGUAGAAUUUAAAAAACUAAUUCUCUUAAUAUCAAACAACAGCAAAUGAUGCGAAAGAAUUUCUUUAACUCCUAACGCCUACGCCUACGCACAAGCCAAUCAACCAACUAUUAAAAAUAACGAAUACCACAAUUGGGAAUGGUUAAUUAUUAAGUUAUACAAUAUAGUAUGUGUGUUUUAAAAACAGGCAACUUAUAUCCCAUCUACGCUAAUGCAAAAAGUGCUCCAAAUGCUCUUCAAAUAUCCUUCGAUGUACGUGUACGUGUGUUCCUUUCCAUGGCUCACUUGAUGAAUGCAAUAUUGUAUUUUGAACUUUGAUCUCCUCCUCACUUAAGCUAACUCGCUGUAUCAUUAUAAUUCUUUUUUUUGUUUCUAUUAAAAUGCUUCUCUUGUUUUCUUGUCAAUAAAUUUCAGCAAAUAAGUGUAAAAUUGUACAUACACAUUUAAUAUAAUACAAAAACACAAUG